AUUGUCAGCUGACGCUCUAAAACAUUGUUUUGGCUUAAAUUGUUGUUGGAUAAAUUUAAACAUUUUGACUUACAUUUGAACAAAAAACUAUUCAGAAUGUUGACCAUUUCAAGAUUAUUUGUGAGAUCAAGAUUAUGCGGAAACUUCAGUCCAGGGAGAUAUUUCUGGAACACAAAAGCUUCCGAGGAGGAGCCUUGUAAGGACAAGGAGACUCCAAAGCCCCAGCAGGAAGACCCUGACAAAAUCCCUGACUCCUGGCCACAACCCAAGGUGGUCGUGAUAGGAGCUGGUAUAGCGGGACUUUCGGCCGCUCACAGACUGGUCCAACAUGGUCUGUGUGACGUCACCAUUCUUGAGGCCACUGACAGGCCUGGAGGACGUAUCCAGUCUUGCUGGUUCACCAACAGUGUUGCUGAGUUGGGAGCGUCCUCUAUACAAGGAGCUUGUGCAGCCAACUCUGUAUACAGUCUAGCUGUAAUGGAGAAACUGCUGCAAUCCCCUGCAGCAAGAACUGGGCCUCCCAAGGGUUUGUUCUACUCAAGCCAAGGAAAACCCAUUGAUCCAACGUUAGCUCACAAAGCUUUUGUAGCGUUCCGCAAGAUAGAGAGCAAAGCAAUGUCUCUAUACGGCAAAGAAGUUUGCAAGGAAGAUGCUAACUUGGAGAUGUUUAUGAACUUUCAUAUCCGUAAGGAAAUUACGUUCUUUCCAGAAAGCGAACGGAAAGGAGCGCUGAUGGUGAUGAAUGCCUAUUUGAACUCUCUUAAAGAAAAGGUAGGAUCGAGUUUGGAUUGUGUCAACACCAAGUAUUUCGGAAGUUUACCGUCCCUGCCUGGAGGAAAUGUAAAAAUUCCAGUCGGGUUUGUCGGAGUACUCGCUCCACUCAUAAGGGACAUUCCUGAUUGUACAAUUAAAUAUUGUAAACCAGUGGAGUGCAUAAAUUGGGACGUUUGUGAACCGGACAAACCGAGAGCUUGUGUUCAAGUAGCCGGAGGAGAAAUGUUUCCUGCCGACUAUGUCAUAGUGACUACUCCUCUUGGGUUUUUGAAAGACAAAGCGCAGACGUUCUUCGUUCCGAAUUUACCUGCUAAGAAAAUGAACGCUAUAAGCAGUUUGGGUUUUGGACAUCUGAACAACCUCUUUAUGCAAUUCCCAGAACCCAUGUGGUUGAAGGACGAAGGAAACAUCAUGUUUGCAUGGGAUCCUGAAGACUAUUCUAAAUGUGACGGCUGGAUCAAAGGUCUGACUUCGUUGACGAUUGAUGACAAAACCGGUUCAGUCCUAAGUGGAGUUGUGGCUGGGAAAGAAGCGAUCACUAUGGAAACUCUGGACGCAGAUCAGAUCAUGAACGAUGUCCAUCACCAAUUACAGUCCUUCUUGGGAAACCCUUCGAUAUCAAAACCCUCCAGCAUUCUGAGAUCUAAAUGGUCGACUAACCUCUACUCGCAAGGAGCGUUUACGUACAUCAGUGCAGAGUCAGGUCUUGGCCACAUCAAGGACUUAGCGGACCCGACACCUGAACCUUGCGCUUGUACUCCGGUGCUGUUCUUUGCUGGAGAACACACCUCGACUCAGAGCUACGCCACGGUUCAGGGUGCGAGAGACAGUGGGAUACGAGAGGCGAACCGAAUCAUAAAGUAUACUCAGGAAUACAAAGGUGCUCCGUCUAAACCCGAAGAGGAAAGUUCUUAAAUCAUGUGUGUUCAUUUAUUUAAAAGUGUUUUGUAUGUUCAAAGACUUAAAUAGUGUA